AUGGUCGUCAGUCACGCACCAACAAACAAAAUCCGUGUAACCGACGUUCAGGCACGUCCAUACGAAAUCGUCGGCUGCAAGAUAGUAAAUUUGGCCAAAGGUCUGCGGGCCAAACCGUCCGCCGUUGAACGCAAAGACGCCGCCAAUUACAUCAUCGCCGACAAUGAUAAUCUCAUGGUUCCUUCCAAGUGUAUCAUUGGCGGUCACGAGAGAGCGGUCCGAGCCGCUUCCGAGUAUUCGCAAUCGUCCAUUGUCCGCAAGGAUGCCGCCAGUGUCGUAGGCAACGGCGCCCAGGAUCGAGCGUGUCGUGACCUGCAGUCGCAUGAGAACGUCGCUGCGCACGCCCUCAUCGGGCGGUAG